AUGAUCGAUAACAUCCUGUGUAUCGGUUUGUUUUUCAAAAUAUUCAACUUUUUUCAGCCACCGAUAUGUCCUCAAAUUUUCGUGAAGAUGUCGAUCGCCAAUUUCGUCGGUGCCUUCGCCAUUUGAAUGCAGGCAAAAAUGUAUGACUCACUUAUCUCAUUUGGUAACAGUAAUAAAUCCAGGUGAAGGAGGUUUUGAGAAAGCUGUUGAUAAUGGACUGGCCUGCAAACUUUCGCGCAUAUGACAUAACAGAUGUUUUAUUACGGUAGGCUGCGAAUAAAAAAUGUUUCCUGAAAUACAUUUUCAGUUAUCGGUGCAGUGAAGAAUAUGGUUUUUGGGCCCGAGAAGUGCUGAAAAGGUACGGGCUACCAUAUUAUUUCCAUCUGAGAAUUCGAAAAGUUCAAUUUCCAUGAUUUUCAGAAACACUGAAGAGACUGAGAUAACCUCGGAAUUUUCAAAAGACGGAAAUGACUCGUACAGUUUCGAAAAGGUUGAUAAGUGGUUUCUGUUUUUUCUUCAUACUUGGCUUCUCGAGUAAUACUUUAAUAAAGUCAAAAUUUUAGGCCGACAUGGCGUCGAAAUUCAGUCGACCCACGAAGAGGGAAAGCUCGGAAAAACGAUCUCGUUCUCCUCUUUCUACUCAUUUCUAUGAGGUAAGUUCCAACUACCUAGUGCGUACACCUUUGGCUGAAACCCGAGAGCUUUGAACCAAUGUUUCGUAAAUUCUUCACGACUCUAAACGCUAAGGAGGAAAGUGUGUGCAAAAUGGCAGUUUUUCUUUUUUUUUUUUCUUUUCCCAAAAGCGGCGCUGCGUCAGGUCAAACAGUGAUAUAUAGAUUACAAACUAAUGGGUAAUUCAUAAAUUAAGUUUUUUAAAUUUUUUUUCAGAAACGAAAGGUUUCUGAGAUGAUGAGUUUGUCGAAGCCGUCGCAAAAUUUCACUGAUAUGUCCUCCAAUUUUCGUGAAGAUGUCGAUCGCCAGUUUCGCCGAUGCCUCCGCGAUUUGAACGCAGGCAAAAAUGUAUGACUCACUUAUCUCAUUUGGUAACAGUAACAAAUCCAGGUGAAGGAGGUUUUGAAAGAGUUGUUAAUAAUGGACUGGCCUGCAAACUUUCGCACAUAUGACAUAAUAGAUGUUUUAUUACGGUAGGCUGCGAAUAAAAAAUGUUUCCUGAAAUACAUUUUCAGUUAUCGGUGCAGUGAAGAAUAUGGUUUUUGGGCCCGAGAAGUGCUGAAAAGGUACGGGCUACCAUAUUAUUUCCAUCUGAGAAUUCGAAAAGUUCAAUUUCCAUGCUUUUCAGAAACACUGAAGAGAUUGAGAAAAUUUCGGAAUUUUCAAAAGACGGAGAUGACCCGUACAGCUUCAAAAAGGUUGAUAAGUAGUUUAUGUUUUUUUUUUCAUACUUGGCUUCAGGAAAACGGACGCACGAGUUCGGUGCACAGAGAUAGAACGUUCGAAAAAGUCCGUAGUUGCUCCAGUUCAAGAUUGCGCGAUUCUUGUUUGGAAACGGUGAGCAGGAAGUUUUGAAAUAAUUAUAAUGAACAAUUUUGAAAAACCUUUCUUUCUUGUUCUCGAGUAACACUUCAAUAAAGUCGAAAUUUUAGGCCAACACGGCGUCAAGAUUCAGUCGACCCGCGGAGAAGGAACGCUCGGAAAAAAAAUCUUAUUCUCCUCUUUCUACUCAUUCCUAUGAGGUUAGUUCCAACUACCUGGUGCGUAGACUUUCUUCUGAACGCCGAUGACUUUGAACCAAUGUUUCGUAAAUUCUUCACAGCUUCAAACACUAAGGAGCAGUGUUUGUGCAAAAUGGUAGCGACAAAUUUCGAAACUUCGCAAUCUAAGAGCUUAUUCAUAAAUUAGGAGUUUUAUUACAGAAACGAAAAGUUUCUGAGAUGAAGAGCCUGUCGAAGCCGUCGCAAAAUUUGAUUCGACCGAACCUCUCUCAAUCUGCAUUGACUCCCAGUCAGUGAAGUUCAAUGGAAAACUAAAAAAAAAACACCUCAACCUGUAAUUGAUUAUGUAGGAGAUUUAACUUUCCGUCCACGACGAUUUGUUCGGAUACCCGUGCCAGGUUCAACAAGUUCUGAGCGUAAAAAAUUUUCAGCGUAAAGUUCGGUUCGAAAAUUGAUUGAAAAAUGUUAUUCCAAAAUUGCAGAGUCAAAAAAUAGUCAAAAUCUUUUUUCACGUUGUCACCGCUGGUUCAACACAAAAACACUAGAGCGCAUUCUGAAAUUUUCAGUUGAAAUCUAUUCAGUUGGCUUUGAGAAAAAUCAAAUUUGCAAUACUGCGAACUGAAAAUGUGUAACGAUUUUUAUUGCAGAAUAUGACUUUUCGUCUUGGCUUAAACCCUGGAAACCGGAAACUCCUAAAGAUUCAAAUAUCAAAAAGCUAGAGGAAAAAAUUAUCGAAAAAGAAAAGCCUCCACAAGUUCCCCGUAAAACGGUACCAUCAUUUGAAAUUGUUUGGUAUAGAAAAAAAAAUUUUAGAUUUUUUUGGCUACUUUGCCAAUCUCGACAUAUACGGGAAAAGCGCAAAGUCUUCAGAAAAAACACCAAAUCUCUAGCAGGAGAACUCAUCUUGCGGCGGAACAAUUUCUAUGCGCCCCUAUGGGUAACUUAUUUCGUAAUGGUACAAAUGACCCAUUCAAUUUUAUUAGUUGUGAAGCGCCCUGUGAAUACGCACACAACAUUGAAGCCUCCUUGUUACGACAGCUCCCAGCAAGACGACAAAAAGACUAAACAAGGUACAUCAUCUAUCAAAUUAUAGAAAAGCACAAAAACUUUCACGUCAACCUUGUCAUUAACGCAUAAAGCAAGUGCCUUGAAAAUCAGUUUUGAAGGUCUAAUUAUAUCCAAAUAGGUUUGAGAAAUAAAAAAAACUCUUUCUACUUUAAGUUUUCAAGAAGUUGUUUCUCUAACGAAAGUUUACAAGUCCAAACGACUCCUUCGUGAAUUUUCCGAAGAUGAUUGCAAACAGUCAUGAAAGAAUCUUUCAAAGUAAUAUCAAACUGGAAAAAAAUUUCUUUUUCAGAACACCAGUACAACUUAUAUACUCUUCUGAACAUGAAGAAGGAGCCUGAAGAUUAUCCAGAAAGUGGCUGA